AUGAAAGCCCUCGCUCUCCUCGGACUGGCGGUGCCGUCCGCUCUCGCAUUGGGCAUCCCCGCACAGCAGGCGAUAUUCUCCGGCUCGGGCCUCUCCCACAAGAACCUCGCCCUCAAGCCCUCCGCCCGGGAAAUCUGCCCGCAGGCGCCCAAAGUCGCCCCGCCCCAUGACGGACUGCACUCUUCCUUGACGUUCCUGAAGGACGAGGCCUUCCGCGCCCGCCAGGCCAAGCGGCUAUCACGGGCGGUGCAGGUGCCCACGACCGUCGGCGACUUCGCGACUGACCCCUACGAUGAGUCCUUCGAGCCCAUUGUGGAGUUCCAGGCACUUCUGAAGGAACUCUUCCCACUCGUCCACGCCAAGGCAGAUGUUGAGCACAUCAACCGACUCGGUCUGGUCUUCACGCUGCAGGGCGUCGACCCCACCCGCAAGCCCAUUCUCUUCAUGGCACAUCAGGACGUCGUACCCAUCGACGACCCAUCCGACUGGACGCACCCGCCCUUCGCGGGCGUCUUCGACGGCGAGUGGAUCUGGGGUCGUGGCUCGAGUGACUGCAAGAACGUGUUGAUCGGACUCCUAUCCACCGUGGAAGACCUGCUCUCACAAAACUGGCAGCCGCAGCGCACCGUCUUGCUAGCUUUCGGCUACGAUGAAGAAUCGCACGGGUUCCUGGGCGCGGGCUCCAUUGCCGCGGCCCUCGAGAAGAAGUACGGCAAGGACAGCUUCGAGUUCAUCCUGGACGAAGGUGGCAUGGGUCUCCAGAACCUGGGUGAUGACAAUCAGGUGCUGUACGCUCUGCCUGGUGUUGGUGAGAAGGGUAGUCUCGAUCUCGUCUUGGAGAUGGCCGUCCCAGGAGGUCACAGCUCUGUCCCACCCGCUCACACGGGAAUCGGCAUCAUGGCCGAGAUCAUCUACGAGCUGGAGCGACAAGAGCUCUUCUCUCCCCACCUGGAUCCUUCGCACCCUUCGUACGGCAUGCUCGAGUGCCAAGCGCGGUACUCACCUGAUUACGUCGAGUCCUGGCUAUCCGACAAGCUGGCCCAGGAUGAUGCCGAGGCCCUAGGCGAAGCAGUAGCCCAGUCGCGCGGUCCCGCCGUGCGAUAUACUCUGCAGACCUCCCAAGCCGCGGACCUGAUCCACGGCGGGGUCAAAACUAACGCCCUACCGGAAAAGAUCUCGGCCAUUGUGAACUACCGCGUAGCGCUACACAUGACGCCCGACCAGCUGCGCGAGCGCGCUGUGCGCAUCAUCCGCCCCAUCGCCGCGGCCCACAAUAUCACCCUACAUGUUAAUUUCCCUGGCCUUACUAAGACCGACGAUAGGUUCGGCGGCUCCGGUGACCGCACACUCACGCUUUCACCGCUCUUGGAGGCCCUGAGCCCAGCCCCAAUCUCCCCAACCGACCCGCUCACCUCCAAGACCUGGGCCCGAUUCUCCGGCGUCGCACGCAGCGUCUUCGAGUCGCACCCAAACCCGAUGGUCACAUCGCAGUCAGAGGCAAACAUCAACUCCGAAUCAAACCCGACGGUUGUCGUGACGGGUGACAUCAUGACUGGAAAUACCGACACGCGGUUCUACUGGUCUCUCUCGGAGAACAUUUACCGCUGGAGCCCCUCGCGCCAGGGUGGCACUCUGAACAUUCACACUGUGGAUGAGCGGAUCCGGCUAGAUGUACACCUGGAGGGCAUGAUGCUGUACUAUGGUAAUUCAUCUCUUCCCUUCCCUUCUCUUAUUAUCGUGUUUUGA